AUGACCGAAGCAAAGCGAAACCUACUGUUAUUCUUCGACCGGCCCAUAGAGCCGUGUUUCAUGCAGAAGGGAGAAGAACAGGCCGUGUUCGAGUUACCUGAUAAUUAUUACCCCGAAAAAUACAAGUUCGCAUCGAAUGUGAUCGCAAACCGUUUCGGAAACGAUGCUAAUAAAACGAUUCCAGUCCGCAAUAUUGCGCUGCCGAACUUGUCUCUACCCAUGCAACUGCCUUACAACGGUCAGUUCUCGUUGUUUAUACCGAAACACCGACAGAUGGCGGGACGGCUCAUCGAUAUUUUCAUGGGAAUGCGUGAUGUGGAAGACCUGACAUCGAUCUGUUCUUUCUGCCAGCUGCGCAUCAACCCUUACAUGUUCAACUACUGCCUUUCCGUCGCCAUAUUGCACAGGCCGGACACCAAGGGCGUCGAUAUCCCGACCUUUGCUCAAACAUUCCCGGAUAAGUUCGUGGACCCUAAAGUUUUUCGCAAAGCUCGAGAAGUCACAAAUGUAGUACCAAAUGGAUCUAGGAUGCCGAUACCAAUCAACGUAAAUUACACCGCAUCAGACUUGGAGCCAGAACAGCGCGUGGCAUACUUCCGCGAAGACAUUGGUGUUAACCUCCACCACUGGCACUGGCAUCUGGUAUACCCCGGCGAAGCUGCUGAUCCGGCGAUCGUCAACAAGGAUCGUAGAGGCGAGCUGUUCUAUUACAUGCACCAACAGAUUAUCUGCAGAUUCAACGCUGAACGUUAUUGCAAUGGAUUGAGCCGCGUGCGUCGCUACAAUGACUUCCGGCAACCUAUUGAAGAGGGCUACUUCCCCAAACUGGAUUCCCAGGUUGCUAGCAGAGCUUGGCCUCCUAGAUUUUCUGGCACCACAAUCCGAGACCUGGAGCGUCCAGUAGAUUUGAUCAAAAUUGACGUGUCCCAAUUGGAAACCAUGAGAGAUCGUUUCGUACAAGCUAUUGAAACUCUUUCUGUAACCUUGCCCAACGGUCGUCAGGUAACUUUGGAUGAGGAGACUGGUAUUGAUACCCUGGGCAACAUGAUGGAGUCGACAAUCCUCAGCCCUAACCGUAAUUACUACGGAGACUUCCACAACAUGGGCCACGUGUUCAUCUCCUUCGCACACGACCCUGAUCAUAGACACUUGGAACAAUUCGGAGUUAUGGGAGACUCAGCAACUGCUAUGCGUGAUCCCGUCUUCUACCGCUGGCAUUCGUACAUCGAUGACCUGUUCCAGCUGUACAAGUAUAAACUGACUCCGUACGGUAAUGACAAGCUGGACUUCCCAGGAAUCCGCGUGUCAGGUAUCAGCGUUGAAGGGACAGCAGGCACCAAUACCUUCGGAACACGUUGGGAAGAGAGUACCGUUGAAUUAGGGCGAGGUCUGGACUUCACACCCCGAGGCUCCGUGCUGGCUAAAUACACCCAUUUGCAGCAUGAGGAUUUCACCUACGUGAUUGAUGUCAUGAACACAACAGGUCGAGGUGUUAUGGCAACUGUCCGUAUAUUCAUGGCGCCAAUCCAGAAUGAAAAGGGACAACCUCUGCCGUUUGAUGAACAGAGGAAAUCCAUGAUUGAAUUGGACAAAUUCACUACUUCAUUGAACGCUGGGAACAACACCAUUCGUCAACGUAGCGUAGAUUCUUCAGUCACUAUCCCUUACUCCCGGACCUUCGCAGACCAGUCAACCCGCCCCGGGGAUCCAGGAGCCCCCGAGUCUGCAGAGUUCGACUUCUGUGGCUGUGGGUGGCCGCAUCACAUGCUCAUACCUAAGGGAACCGCGGGAGGAUUCCCUGUGGCUCUCUUCGUUAUGCUUUCCAACUGGGAACAGGAUAGGAUUGAACAAGAUUUAGUUGGAACCUGCAACGACGCAGCAUCGUACUGUGGUAUCCGCGACCGCAGGUACCCCGACCGUCGCGCCAUGGGCUUCCCCUUCGACCGCCCCAUCAGUGCCAACUCACUUUCCGACUUCCUCCGACCCAACAUGAACGUUAGGCAGUGUACAAUUCGUUUCAGAGAUGUUACAUUGCCCAGGCAGCGGUCUGAACUUACAAUCGUAUCUGAAUACGAUUCCACACGGCGACCACGACAUACAUGCCCUUGCAACGAAUCUUAUACACCAGCUGAGAUUGAUGCCCUUAUCAGAAAACCUUACUAUUACAUUAAAUGUAAUCAUAAACAACAUAUAUUUUAA